AUGGUUUGCAGAGGUGAAAAGCUGACUCUCCCACUUUCUUUUGAUGCAGAUGUUGAUGAAUGCAAAGUGCAGAACGGUGGCUGCAACCAGCUCUGCCUCAACAAGCUGGGCAGCUACCGCUGCUCCUGCCACAGUGGCUAUGCUCUCAAAGACAGCAAAACCUGUGAAGACAUAGAUGAAUGUGCAACAUCAGCAGACAUCUGUGGAGAAGCUCGUUGUAAAAAUCUGUUAAGCUCCUACGAAUGUCUUUGUGAUGCAGGCUACAAGUAUGAUGAAGUGAAAAAGACUUGUCAGGAUAUAAAUGAAUGUGAAGAAAAACUCUGUGAGCAGACCUGUGUCAACUCACCAGGGAGUUAUACCUGCCAUUGUGAUGGCAGAGGGGGAGUAAAACUUUCCCAGGACAUGAAUACGUGUGAGAACAUUAAACCGUGUGUGCCUUUUGCUGUUGGAAAAAGCAUUAAAUCCUUGUACCUGGGGAGGAUGUUCAGCGGCACUCCCGUUAUCAGGCUGCGCUUCAAAAGGAAACAACUGACAAGACUUGUGGCCGAGUUCGACUUUAGAACCUUUGAUCCUGAAGGUAUCCUUUUCUUUGCUGGAGGCCGCCAAGAGAGCAGCUGGGUGGUCCUGGCCCUGCGCAAGGGCCGGCUGGAGCUGCAGCUGAGGGACGGCGGCGUGGGCCGCGUGACCAGCAGCGGGCCCCUCAUCAGCCACGGCAUGUGGCAAACGAUUUCUGUUGAAGAACUUGAAAGAAGUUUGGUUAUAAAGGUCAACAGAGAUGCAGUUAUGAAAAUAGCUGUCUCAGGGGAUCUGUUUACUCUAGAGAAAGGACUGUAUCAGCUGAAUUUGACAGUAGGAGGCAUUCCUUUCAAAACCAAGGACCUUAUUCAACCAAUAAACCCUCGGCUGGAUGGGUGCAUGAGGGCUUGGAACUGGUUGAAUGGGGAGGACACCACUAUCCAGGAGACCAUCAAGAUGAAUGAAAAAAUGCAGUGCUUUGCUGUGGCAGGACGAGGCUCUUUCUAUCCUGGCCGAGGUUUUGCUGUCUUUAAUCUCACCUACAUGCAACCUUCUUCUGGAAAUGAAACCAAGACAAGCUGGGAAAUAGAAUUAAAUGCUGCAAUUCAGCCAGCAACAGAUACUGGUGUGCUCUUUGCUCUGGUGACAGAAGCAGCCUCUGUCCCUUUAUCCCUCUCCCUGGUUGACUAUCACUCCACAAAGAAACUGAAACAACAGUUUGUCAUCGUGGCCUUGGAAAACAGAGUGGUGUCCAGACUGGCAGUAGAGCUCUGUGACAAGAAGGAGCAUGCUGUGGACAUCCUCCUCAAGAAAGAUCACCUAUCCCUGAGGGUAGAUGGCAUAGAAGGAGAGAGUGAGCUGAGCAUCUCUGAGUUAGAGGACAGCCUGUCCAUGCUGGAGAGCUCUCUGCAGUCAACAACCAAGACAUACGUGGGAGGAUUGCCAGAUGUUCCUGUCACUGCCACGCCGGUCACCGCCUCCUACCACGGCUGCAUGAGCAUCAUGCUGAGCAGCAAGGCGCUGGACCUGGACGAGGCUCUCUACAAGCACAGUGACAUCACCUCCCACUCCUGUCCUCCAGCUGAGGCAGGUCAGUAGGUACCACUGCAAGGCAGAAGUUUUAUACCCAGAAACUUUCAAGGCUUUUCUUUUGUUGUGUUUGUUUUUUUAAAGAUAUAAAUUAUUCAGACCUCCCGCACUGCGUGGAUAGUUUCUCUUCAACACUGAAGUGAUGUAGAAGCUACUGAUCCUUAUCUCAGAUUGAUUAUUGAAAUGCUCCUUUGCUUUGAGGUUUAAAGGUUGUAAUAUAUUUGUAAAUAGUUCAGAAGACUAAUGUUAAAUAAGCCCCAAGUACAGAAUAUUCUGGAAGUGAAUGUUAUCUUUAGACUGGAAGAGACAGUUUUAUCUGUAACGUGGGAAACCUGGUAAUAUAUGAGUGUGGACUGGAAGAAAAAAAUAAUAAUUCUGUAUUAUUUUUGAUUACCAAACACUGCUUGAUUUGCAAAAUACGAGAGAAUAAAAUAUUUACAUACAAGU